AUUCGGUGGAAAGAUGUAGGAUACUCAGAGUUUUGUUCAGCAAGACAAUAUGUACAAGCGUUCAUCAUUUGUACAUUUUGAAACUUGCAUUCGACAGUAGUAAAAAGUUGAAGUUAGGCUACGAACGAACUAACGUAACGUUAAUUAACGGUUGCAAAAAAAAAUCUAUGGCGGUAAUGACGCAUCGCUUAGUCUCAUUUAGCCACCUUUUUAAAGACACGUAACAACUUUAAAAAUAUCACGAGGGGGGUAUUCACUCCCGUGUUUUAUAUCGUAUAAAACAUGUUAAAACCUCUUAAACUGGCGUACAAAAACUCCAAGAGGGAACCGGAAGUGCAGAAAUGCCGAUUAGCCGGGCCCUAAAGGAUACUAACGUGAACUCUUGAAUCACUAUUCCCACGGGGUGGCGACAGAAGCUAACGUUAAGGUUCUCAGGUUUGGUGUGUUGUCUAAAAUACUCCCGUUUAAUGUAGUCUGCGUAUUAAGAUAUUUGCAUUCGGCGUGGUUUAAAUGGCGCUCUUCUUCUCCUCUCAGUGUUUGAUAACGUGUGGUUCCACCGUGUAAUGUUAAUUAACCGAAUGUCGGUGUUGUGGACGGCGAAGGUGCUGGGCCUGGGUGCCGUGGCUCUUUCUCUCGCCGUGGAGCUGCUCGUCCGCCUCCUCCGUCGCCUCGGGCCCUCCGGGACCCUCAACGAGGUCCUCUUCUUUCCCUCGGAGGUGGCCUGCGUGGAGCACCUCUUCUCUUCCCUGUCGGCCGGUUCCUGUGUCUGCCCGUUGCGUCACGGCAUCGAGACUUCUCUGUCCCGUCUCCUCCGCCACAUCAUGUCCGCCUCCUCCUCUCUGGACUUGUGCGUCUUCGCCUUCUCCAACGCCAACCUGUGCCGGGCCGUGCUCACGCUGCACGCGAAGGGGGUCACCGUCCGCGUCCUCACCGACAAGGACUACGCCAUCAUCACUGGCUCCCAGAUAGGGGUCCUCCGGAAGGCCGGGAUCUGUGCGCGGUGCGACUCCAGCUGCGUUCACAUGCAUCACAAGUUCGCGCUGGUGGACGGCCGGCUGCUGCUCACCGGCUCCCUCAACUGGACGCUGACGGCGGUGCAGAGCAACACGGAGAACGUGCUGGUCACCGAGGAGCCGGACCUGGUGCGACCCUUUGUCGAGGAGUUCCACAGGUUGUGGGAAAGCAACGACGUGGCCAUGGACCUCUGGUCAGGUGACCAAAAGUCUGACACCAGAUCCAGCGACGGAGGUAGAAAGCAUGCGUGUUAAGUCUGGCAAGGCAUUAUGGGCCGCAGCUCAUUGGUAGUGUUGUCGUUCAAGAUGAUUCAAGUUUCAUGGCAGUUUUAGAAAAGAAAAAAACGUAUCUGAAGAGUUGUCUAAUAAACCAGAGUCUGCAGUUAAGAAAACAUGUUUGAUUUAGUUAGAACAGGACUAAGAUUAUUUUAGUCAAGUUAAUAUUUGUUAUACGGUUACACUGUUUUUAAAGUUUUCCCCAGAAAAGUUAUUUUAAUUUCUUUAAGGUUAUAAUGUAAUAUCUAUUACAUGAUACUUUUUCUCCCUUGGGAAGAAGUAGAUUAUCUAUGGUACUUACAAAUUUGAGUUUAAUACCUUUUAUAAAUUUAAUAAAAUACUAAAACCAUCACCCAGUCUAUGACUCAACUCUAAAAUUCCCUGGCUGUGUAAACCAGUGCUCUCAGGGACCAGGUUUGGCCGAGCACCAAUAAAAAACCCUGUUUCACAAUGCACUUCUGGCAGGUCUGUUGCAUCACUGCCCUGCAGCCAGAGUUUUGUUUUCUCUCUUGCACCAACAUGAUUUUCUUUCACUCGGGUGUUAAUACAAAAAACGUGCUAGCACUCUCAAUGCU